AGCUAACGUGACGCUAAUCUCGCGAUUUGCAUGUGAUCUCUCUGAAUCUGAAUAGAAACUAAUCUCUUCAACAAGGCCUGCCUUUCUGUACAGCAGGCCCAUACCCAAAACUCGCUCCAUCCCCAUCCUCUUCCUGUACAGCAGAGUCCACACUCUCACUCACUCUCCUCACAGUUUCAGUCUGCGCCAUUUCUACCGCUCCCUGUUUUCUCUCUGUCGGCUCCCCUAAUUUGGCUUCCAGAAAAUCAAGGGAACGGGCCUAAGAUAGGACAAAUACAAGAUUACCAGACGAGAAGAUCUCUCUCUUUCUCUUUCUCACCCUCUCCAUCCCUCCCGCUGUACCUUUCUCUUUCUCUGUCUCUCCCUCCCUUUCUCCGUCUUCGGGUUCUGCUGCCGUGGCAAGGGGGAAGAAGCUGACGGACCGGCACACGAAUUGAACCGAUACGCCGAGAAUGAAGGCGGAAGCCAAGCCGUUAAACCCUCUCGUCACCUUCGACCUCAAGAGGGAUGCGUAUGGAUUUGCAGUCAGACCCCAACAUAUUCAGAGAUACAGACAAUAUGCUAACAUCUAUAAGGAGGAAGAGGAAGAAAGGUCAGACAGAUGGAAAAGUUUCUUGGACCGGUUGGCCGAGCCUGCUCAACGGCCGCCUGUAAAUGGUUCUCCUUCAGAAGAAGCUACUGGGACCACGAUCACUGAAGCAACAGAGGAGGAGGCUGAUGAUAAUUUAGUGAAAGAAACUGAAGGAGACAGUCUGAGUGACGAGAAGCGUAGCUCUGACGUUUCAUGUGAGGAUCUUACUGAAAAGGAGGAGAAAAAGUCCAAAGCUAAUAGAAGAAUACACAGGAUCCAAAUUUGGACAGAGACGAGACAGUCCCUUCGAGUCAUUGAAGAUCUGAUGAGUGUGCGUGUGAAGAAGAAGCCUGACCAAGUGAAGGAACAACAAGAUGACACGAAUGAAAAGCCAGUCUCUGUUGUUGAAGAUGUAAAAUCAUCAAAAGGAGCGACAGAGGAAGAUUCUGAGGAUGAGUUUUAUGAUGUGGAGCGGUCAGAUCCAGUUCCUGACGUUCCUCCAGUCGAGAAUGUCGCGGCAUCUGGAAUAGGUGCUACUGUUGCUGAUGCACCCCACCAGGGCGAUUUGUCUUCUUGGAAAGAAGAACUGGAGGUCCUUGUUCGUGGAGGAGUGCCAAUGGCACUUAGAGGGGAGCUCUGGCAAGCAUUUGUUGGUGUCAAGGCCCGGCGAACAGAUACAUAUUAUCAAAAUCUGCUUGCCUCGGAAACAAAAUCAGAAACUCAUGUAGAUGAACAAUCAGAGAGUGAUCCUAAAAGUUCACCAAAAGACCCUGCAUUUGGAACGGAAAAAUGGAAAGGGCAGAUUGAAAAGGAUUUGCCCCGUACUUUUCCUGGUCAUCCAGCCUUGGAUAAUGAUGGCAGAAAUGCUUUGAGGCGGUUACUUACAGCUUAUGCAAGACACAACCCCUCAGUAGGAUAUUGUCAGGCCAUGAAUUUCUUUGCGGCUCUUUUACUACUUCUGAUGCCGGAAGAAAAUGCCUUCUGGACCUUGAUGGGUAUUCUUGAUGAUUAUUUUGAUGGCUAUUACUCUGAAGAAAUGAUAGAGUCUCAGGUUGAUCAACUAAUUUUUGAGGAGCUUGUACGCGAAAGAUUUCCUAAACUAGUCAAUCACCUGGAUUACUUGGGAGUGCAGGUUGCAUGGGUUACAGGACCAUGGUUCCUUUCCAUCUUUAUGAAUAUGCUCCCGUGGGAAAGUGUUCUUCGAGUCUGGGACGUCCUUCUUUUUGAAGGAAACCGUGUCAUGCUUAUCAGGACAGCACUCGCUUUAAUGGACUUAUAUGGCCCUGCAUUAGUUACGACUAAGGAUGCUGGAGAUGCAGUUACUUUGUUGCAGUCACUGGCCGGUUCCACAUUUGAUAGCAGUCAACUUGUACUAACAGCUAGCAUGGGUUUCCAAAAUGUAAAUGAAACACGAUUGCGGGAGUUGGGAAAUAAGCAUCGACCAGCUGUAAUGGCCGCACUUGAAGAGAGAACAAAGGGACUUCAAGCUUGGAGGGAUACUAAGGGGUUGGCGUCGAAGCUGUAUGAUUUCAAACAUGAUGGUAAAUCGAUGUUGACAGAAGGAAGAAGGCAAACCAGUGGCGAAUUAUCUCGUUCAGAGUCUGGAUCUACCAAUUCAGAUGAUGUUCUUAUCACUCCGACAGAGAAUGGAGAGAUGGAUAGUACUCCAGACCUUCAAGAUCAGGUGACGUGGUUGAAGGUUGAAUUGUGCAAGUUACUGGAGGAGAAACGAUCUGCUCUAUUGAGAGCUGAUGAAUUGGAGACGGCUUUGAUGGAGAUGGUCAAACAGGAUAAUCGAAGGCAACUGAGUGCGAGGGUUGAACAGUUAGAACAGGAGGUCUCAGAGUUGCGGAAGGCUCUGGCGGAGAAGCAGGAGCAAGAAAAUGCCAUGAUUCAGGUGUUAAUGCGAGUGGAGCAAGAGCAAAAAGUAACUGAAGAUGCUCGUAGAUACGCUGAGCAGGAUGCAUCAGCUCAAAGAUAUGCUUGCCAAGUGCUUCAGGAGAAGUAUGAAGAGGCGAUGAUAUCACUUGCUGAAAUGGAGAAACGAGUAGUGAUGGCAGAAUCAAUGUUGGAAGCCACAUUGCAGUACCAGUCUGGCCAACUGAAAACACUGCCGUCUCCCAGAGGUCAAAAUCCAGAGAAAUUGCUACGUAGCAACAGCAACCAAGACCCCGCACAAGAAACGCCUACAAGAAAGUCUGGUUUAUUUGGACUUGGCUGGCGUGACAAAAGCAAGGAGAAAGCUGCGAAUGCUACUAAUGGUGAGGAAGCCGGAGACGGGAAGCCAUCGUCUUCCAACGAGGAACAGACGUUGGCCAAUGACCAAAAUGGCUCCCAGGCAGUACAAGACUAAGAGUAGAGACUGAGGUUGCUUCUUAUACUACUUAGGAAGUUUGGCGAACAUUCCAUACUGCGUUCUUUUCCAAUUAGUCGGGACGACUGGUAGAUAUUCUUCUUGUGUGAACCGACGUCGAUGGUGAAUUCGAGGGUUAAGGGAGUGCCCUGAACUGGCGUGCUAUAGCCCUUUUCCUCUUCUUUCAUUCAGCCUCUUCUCUUUUACCAGGGUGUAAGUUUUGGCAAUGUCAUGUAGAGCACAUUAUAUCCAUUUCAUUUUUUGAUUUUUUUAGUCGUGAGUCAACUAAUAAUGUGUUAGUUAUAGUAGUUGCAAUAGAAUAUUUGAGGAACCAUCACAUAGUGCAAUCAAUGGACUGUCAUAACAAUUUCCCACCACAAAUUUCCUUCCAUUGUGUUCAUAGCUUGCUUGCAGGAGUUUUUGCUUUGCCUGCAUCAUCUUGGCAAGCUCUAAUAUAUUGUUAUUAUUCACUUUGAACUGACGUUAUAAUCAAAUCGUUACGGGGAUAAGAUGGAAGACGAGAAUGAGAAGAGUCUUUCAUGUAACCACAGUAGGUUGUAUGUCUCUGUAUAGAAAGAAGAAAUAAAUCUGAACUAUAGAUACAAAAAGCCCCAGAGCUAGGAAUUGUACAAUGGAAAAUUUUGGUCAAAACAGGGCUAGCCAAGGCAAGGCAGAUACAGCAGGGAUGAAUGUAAAAAAGAGAGAGAGAGAGAGAGAGAAAAGAAGAGAAAAGAACAGAUAAUAUAUAAUAGGAAACCAAAGAGAUUAAAAAAGAGGGGGAAAGGUAAAAAAGACCCAAUUUGAUCUCCCAUUCAUCUUGCUCAUUGCACCUCACCUUUGUUUCCCUGAGUAGACACCAAAAUUCUUGAACGCAGCAGCUAAUAACCUCUUCUUCUUCUCCAAAUUGCUGAAAGCUCCUAAAACCAAGUCCCCAAUUGCCCACAUGAACUCCCUGCUCUCCAGAAGUAUUUUUCUUGUCCUUCUUUCAUCUAUGUCUUCAACUCCUUGUUUAAAGAGGACUGCGUUGUCACAGCAACCUUAUACAAGAGGGUUGAGGAUCCAGAUGGUCUGGAAGAAACCAUCACCAAUUCUCUUUCGUUUCCUACCAAACAGAAACAGCUUUUUACCAUCAUUCCCUUCUAGCUCUAGGAGUCGAGAGUCCCCCUCCUGCAACAGCACGGGCUGGCUGGCUCUCCGGAUCAUACUUCUGGGAGGCAAGGUAAGUCAGGGCAGUAACAACAUCGGCAAUGAGAGGUCUCAUAUUCGGCUGUUCUUGAACACACAUUGCAGCAACAGCUAGAGCUUGAUACAAUCCCCUUACUGGGUAAUGUCCUUGUAGUGACGGGUCAGCCAUCUGUGCAAACUUCCUUCGGUCCUUAAACAACGGUCGAGCCCAUGCAACCAGGUUAUGCUCCCCGGCAGCUCUCGAGUUGUCAAUGGCUUUCCUUCCAGUGAUAAUCUCAAGAAGAACAACGCCAAAGCUAUAUACAUCUGAUUUUAAUGUAAGCUGACCUGUCAUUGCAUACUCUGGCGCGCAGUAUCCAUAAGUGCCCAUCACUCUUGUAGAAACAUGCGUCUUGUCACCAACGGGGCCCAAUUUCGCCAAACCAAAAUCAGACAACUUUGGGUGAAAACUUUCAUCAAGCAAUAUGUUCGAGCAUUUCAGAUCCCGAUAUAUAACCGGAGGGUUAGCCUUGUCGUGCAGAUACUCCAAACCCUUUGCAGCACCAGCUGCGAUUUUCAUCCUUGUGUUCCAAUCGAGUGGCCUUUUAUCUAGUGGUAGGUCAUGUAGAUGAUCUUCCAAAGAUCCUAAUGGCAUGUACUCGUAUACCAAGAGUCUCUGGUCUCCAUCAGCACAAUAGCCAAUCAAGUUCACUAGGUUAGGAUGAUGAAGUAGGCUCAACAUCAGUACUUCAACCAAGAAUUCCCUGUUUCCUUGCAGGCCAUUUCGAUCAAGUUGCUUGAUAGCGACAACCUGAUUGGUGCUAUCUAAUCUUCCUUUAUAUACCCGCCCGAAACCUCCUUCACCCAGAAGAUAAUCUGCCCUAAAAUUCUUAGUUGCUGCAGCCAACUCACGGAAUGUAAAUGUAUGUGCGGCAAUGUGAUCCGAUCCUCCCUCCUUUGGCCUGGGAAUUUCCUUCAACUCUUGGGUGAUAAUUGUCUUUAUUUUAUCUGAAGAAGACGGGAUCUGAUCAUCAAGCUUCUUCUUCUGCUGUUGUUUGGCUUCGUUGAUAUCAUCAGGCUGUUUCCUGUGGAGUUUCUUGGCAUUUUUGUUUGCCUUUCCACCACAGAUAAACCAGCCCAUGACCUGUUCUUCUCUCUUAUUUCAAAGGAGGGGGGAAGUAUCACUCUUCAGAAAGAAAAGGAGAGAGACAGACGGACAGACGGAGAGAGAAAGGCAGAGGAAAAGAAAGGAGAGAGAUAGAAUUAAGGCAGACCAAACACCUUGG